AAUGCAGCCUAGUCUGCUUCUUCUCUGUGUUGUUGUGAAUGAGGAGAGCAUGGACUCCGGUGUAGUUAAUCAUAUUUCAAUAAUAGGUUGAUCCAGCUGCACCCAUGAUGAACUUUGACGGUCUUGAUGCUGGGAUGGGUGAUUACCCUCCCAGUCUUCAUGGGACGCUGGAGUCGAGUAUGGAGCCUUCCAUGGAUCCACACCUUAACCCCAGCCUCCUGCAGGGUGUGGAGCUUGAUCCAGACGGAUUGACCGUGACAGUCCCUGAGUCAGUGCAUCUCAUGGAGGGGAUGUUUUCUGAGCUUCACAGUGCCGUUUCAGAAGUUGGCAUCCCAGUCACUGCAACACAUUUUGAUGUACAGGAGGAAAUGCUCUGGAUGGGAAACCACAGAGGCCAUGCGACUUCGUUCUUUGGGCCAACAAUGGGCAGGUUCUCGUCUUUCCAAGUGCAUGGAACAGACGACAUCAGACACAUUCAGAGUUUGGAAACAGGUGUGCUGUUCCUCUCUAAGUGCAACCUCAAAUGCUACACACGUGGAGGCCUUGUCAUGUUCGAUUAUCCGAUGGAUGAAGGAGCUGAUAUGCAUAGUCUCCUUGUGACUGACAACAACACAUUGGUCAUGGGAGGACUUCAAAACUAUGUGUCUGAGGUUGACUUGAAUACAGUUCAAGAAACUCAAAAGUUCACUGUUGAAUUACCAGGAGUGGCAAUAAUGCGUCAAACCAGCCGUUUCUUCUUCUGCGGACACACGUCUGGCAAGAUAACCCUCAGGGAUUUGCGCAGUUUCAAAAUGGAGCAGGAGUUUGAUGCAUUCUCUGGCAGCCUCUCAGACUUUGACGUUCAUGGAAAUCUUUUGGCUGCAUGCGGGUUCUCCAGUCGGGGACUGAAUGGGUUGGCAUGCGACCGUUUUCUCAUGGUGUAUGACCUCCGUAUGAUGCGAGCCGUGACUCCACUUCAGGUGCACGUGGACCCCCUCUUCUUGCGCUUCAUUCCUACCUACACAUCACGCCUGGCAAUUAUCUCACAGACAGGCCAGUGCCAGUUCUGUGAACCCACUGGUCUCGCCAAUGUGGCAGACAUUUUUCACGUCAACACUGUGGGCCAGUUGCUCAUGAGUUUUGACGUCUCAUCCAGCAAGCAAGCAUUGGCCUUUGGGGACUCUGGGGGCUGUGUGCAUCUGUGGUCCGACGCUCCUGAAGUUUCAUUCAAUGAUUAUUCCCGGGAGACAGACUUCCCUCUGCCUUGCCUUGUGGAAACACUGCCUCAGCUCGAUUGGAACCACGACCUGCUGCCCCUCUCACUCUUACCCACGCCACUGACCAGCACUGAGCCACUGCUGUCAGACUGGUCCUCUGUCAUGUCUACACCUAGUCCCAGACGAGCCCCUCCUGUGGACCCAGAAAUCCUGCGCACAAUGAAAACUGUUGGCUUCAUCGGUUACGCGGCCAAUCCUCGCACCCGACCUCGCAACCAGGUUCCUUAUAAAAUUAAAGAUGUUGAGCUGGAUUAUGAUAACUACAAUCAAGUCCCUGAAUCACCAAUCGGACGUGAUGAGGAGCCACAUCUCUACAUGGUGCCCAAAAAGUAUAGAAAGGUCACAAUUAAAUACUCCAAACUUGGACUUGAGGACUUUGACUUCAAACAUUACAACAGAACCUUGUUCGCUGGUCUGGAGCCUCACAUCCCCAACGCUUACUGUAACUGCAUGAUCCAGGUGUUAUAUUUCCUGGAGCCAAUCCGGUGUCUAGUGCAGAACCAUUUGUGCCAGAAAGAGUUCUGUUUGGCCUGUGAGCUCGGUUUCCUCUUCCACAUGUUGGAUUUGUCACGAGGAGAUCCAUGCCAGGCCAGUAACUUCCUCCGAGCAUUUCGCACCAUUCCUGAAGCGUCUGCACUAGGCCUGAUCCUCGCUGACUCGGACGAGCAAACGGGCAAAGCCAGACUUGGUCGCUUGAUCCAAAGCUGGAACCGAUUCAUCCUCACCCAGCUCCACCAGGAGACUCAGGAGCAAGAAGGACCGCAGGCCUACAGAGGAGCCAGCAGCAGUUCUCUGGGCUCCUCUGGUGAGUCUGCCAUUGGAAAACUGUUUGGGUGUGAAGUGGAGAACAGCAGCCUGUGUCGCUGUGGCAAGGAGACGGUCCGUUCUUCCCUCACGUUGCUCUUCAACAUGCAUUACCCUGAACAAAACUCUCAGGAAAAAACUAUAAAGGAGUAUGAAUUUGCUGAGAUCCUGAAGAAGAGCAUUUGCCUGGAGCAGAGCACUCAGGCCUGGUGUGAAAACUGUGAAAAGUAUCAGCCCACAGUGCAAACACGCAACAUUCGAUGUCUACCAGAUGUUCUGGUUAUAAACUGUGAGGUGAACAGUGUGAAAGAGGCCGAGUUCUGGAAGGUGCAGGUGGAGUAUGCCGUCAAUAAGGCCCUGCAGAAAGAGGCGAACGAACCUGCAAAACCCAAGGAAGCCCCACCGAUGCCUACUGAGUGGUGUUUGGAUGGUGAGGACUUCUGCAGUAUGGAGGGCUUUGACCCUCGGGCCGAGGAUUUGCGAAAUGUCUGGAUUCCUCUCACUCUCAAGAUGUCCAUCAGCAAAAGUCAGGGGCUGGAGAUCAGCAGCUGGCCCGAGGGCGAAGAGUUAAGUGCUGCUGAGGAGGCGGAGGGUGCUGCUCUGUAUGACUUAGUGGUGACUGUGUCCCACAUCCAGGACACUCGCACGGGUGGAAACUUGGUCGCCCACAUUAAAGUGGGAGAGACUUACCAUCAAAGGAAAGAGGGAGUCACACACCAGCAGUGGUACCUCUUUAAUGAUUUCUUAAUUGAGCCAAUUGACAAGGCUGAAGCUGCACAAAUUGAUGUGAGCUGGAAAGUGCCAGCCAUUCUCUAUUAUUCCAGGAGGAAUUACCAUACCAAAUACGACCUCCGCAUUAAAAACCCCAUCGACGCCAGUGUGCUGCUGACUGAAGCUUCACUGGCGCGAAAGCAGAGGAAGAGUCACGCCACUUUCAUCCCCCUCAUGGUCAGUGAGAUGCCGCAGGCUGGAGACUUGGUGGGACUGGACGCCGAGUUUGUUACACUCAAUCAGGAAGAGGCGGAACUGCGCAGUGACGGCACCAAGUCGACCAUCAAGCCCAGUCAGAUGUCAGUGGCCAGGAUCACUUGUGUGAGAGGUCAGGGCCCCAACGAGGGGGUUCCCUUCAUCGACGACUACAUCUCUACUCAGGAACAAGUCGUCGACUACCUCACUCAAUAUUCUGGAAUCAAACCCGGAGACCUGGAUGCAAAGAUUUCCUCAAAGCACUUGACCACUCUGAAGUCCACCUACCUAAAGCUGCGCUUCCUCAUCGACACGGGUGUUCGAUUUGUCGGUCAUGGCUUACAGAAGGACUUUCGGGUCAUUAAUUUAUUGGUUCUCAAAGACCAAGUCAUCGACACCGUCUACCUGUUCCAUUUGCCUCGCAAAAGGAUGAUUUCUCUCCGAUUUCUGGCCUGGUACUUUUUAGACCUGAACAUACAGGGGGAAACCCACGACAGCAUAGAGGAUGCACGCACCGCCCUGCAGCUGUACAGGAAGUACCUGGAGCUGAGCCGUGGAGGCGGGAACGACGAAGUCAGGAAGGUGCUGAAGGGACUCUAUGAAAAAGGUCGUCAGCAGGACUGGAAAGUCCCAGACACGGACACCGGAGAUGGUCAAGGUAGCCCAAAAAGUGCUGCUGUGUUUCCCUCUGUGAUGGGGCUGUGAGCUGAAGCGUGACGUGUCCUCUCUUACUGAUCUCCACUUCAGUUUGUCACGCAUUGUGUACGUGCUUUGCAUUUGUCAUGGCAGUGUACGCAGUGUAAAUGGAGGUCUUCACUGCCUGUACAGUCGAGUUCACCGCACACUUUUUUAUCAUGUCAAAAUUCUACUUUUCAUUCAUUCAUUUUUUUUAAAGAAAUAAAAUGUGGAUUUAAUAAUUUGAGCUUUUUUUUUAAAAAAAGAAGAAAAAUAAGAAUGUUACAUGAUUUUUGGUGAUUGUAAAUAAAUAAG